CAUUCCACGCCUCCAAAUAUGGCGUCCCCCAUUUAGGCAGCGGCGGUUGUUUCUGCCCCAGCUGGUCGGGGGCAGUACUGAGCUAGGGUGGUUGUCUAUCUAGAUCGACUUCAGAAAGCUGCAGUUAAAAUUCGUUUCUGGUCACAGUUCCAGGAAUCUAUCCUCCUCUGAGGAUCCGGAGUCGCCGCUUCCUUCUAGUCCCUGCAACUUCCUCCUCUGUCCCUGGUUGUUCCCCGCGCUACCUCCGGACACUGAAGUCCCUGACACUCUCAGACUCAAACUAUGAACCUUCCGCAGCUGCUGUUGGGCUUGCCCCGUUAUCUCGGGGCCUCGGGUCCCUCGCGGCGCCUUUGGUGGUCCCCGUCCCUCGGCAGCAUCUUCUCGGUGGGCUCCUGGCGUGGUCAGUCCUCCAGGUCCCCGGCUCACUGGAACCAAGUGGUGUCAGAGGCGGAGAAGAUCGUGGGCUACCCCACGUCCUUCAUGAGCCUCCGCUGCCUGCUGAGCGACGAGCUCAGCAACAUCGCUAUGCAGGUGCGGAAGCUGGUGGGGACUCAGCACCCUCUGCUUACCACAGCCAGGGGGCUUGUACAAGACAGCCGGAAUAACCUCCAAUUGAGGGGCUUGGUGGUGCUACUUAUUUCUAAAGCAGCCGGGCCCAGCAGCGUCAAUGCUUCUUGUCAGAAUUAUGACAUGGUCAGUGGGAUCUAUUCAUGUCAAAGAAGUUUGGCAGAGAUCACAGAACUUAUCCAUACUGCUCUCCUUGUGCAUCGUGGAAUAGUAAAUUUAAGUGAACUGCAAUCUUCUGAUGGGCCACUGAAAGACAUGCAUUUUGGAAACAAAAUAGCUAUCCUGAGUGGAGACUUUCUUCUAGCAAAUGCCUGCAACGGUCUGGCUCUGCUACAGAACACCAAGGUUGUGGAACUUCUAGCAAGUGCCCUUAUGGACUUGGUACAAGGAGUAUACCAUGAAAAUUCUACUUCAGCAAAGGAAGAUUAUAUCACAAGUGACAUUGGAAUAUCGACUUGGAAGGAGCAGACCUUUCUCUCCCAUGGAGCCUUAUUAGCAAAGAGCUGCCAGGCUGCAAUGGAAUUAGCAAAGCAUGACGCUGAGGUUCAGGACAUGGCAUUUCAGUACGGGAAGCACAUGGCCAUGAGUCAUAAGAUAAAUUCUGAUCUCCAGCCUUUUAUUAAAGAAAAGACCAGUGACUCCACGAUUUUUAAUCUAAACUCAGCUCCUGUGGUCUUACAUCAGGAGUUUCUUGGAAGAGAUCUAUGGAUUAAGCAGAUCAGAGAGGACUUUGGGAAGUUUGCCUGUGGAAAAUGAACUUGAUUCAGAAGUCACGGAGCAGGCUGCUUGCUGUGAGUGUCUCUCAGAAGGUGCUGGCUGCGCGUUCUCUUCGCCUCGUAG